AUGCGAAAUUUCGAGUUGUUCCAAGACUACCGUUUUGAUAAUUUUGUGUUGAAUCAUGGAUUGCUUUGGCAGCAGAUUUCAGAUUCCUUACUGACGUGUGCAGCUGAUUGUGUCAAUGAUAGACCAUGCAUUUCUUUCAAUUUUCAUCAAGGAAAAAGGCAGUGUCGUGCGUACGAAACCCUAAUGCUGACAGCAGAUGCUGGUACAAGUAAAGAGGAUUGGACCUAUUUCUAUAUAACAAGAGGGAAUUGUCCAUUUCCAUAUGCUUAUAGUAGAACAUUCAAUUACUGUUUGGGAUACGAAGGACAUUCUGAUAAAGAGGACGGUUUUUCUCAGUGUCAAGGAAAAGGUGGAAGAUUUUUGCUGAUAAGAACAGCAGAGGAAAACAGAUUCGCUAGUCUGUUAGCCUAUAAUUUUAAUCACCUUUCCGAUCCAAUAAGCCGACAAAUGAUUGUUCAGGGAAACUUCGAUUUUGUAGACAUGACCUGGAAGGAUGACAGCGGUGCUAAUUUGACCUUCACACAGUUCCGAGAAGGUCAAGCUAUUCCGGAAUCGGAAUCUGCUUUGUUUAUCAAGCAUACAAAUAAUCCUACAAAUUUUAUGAUGACUUCUCGUAAAGGAAACAAAAAUCCGUCCAUAGUAGUAUGCAUAAUUUAA